UUUAUUUGUCUUUAUUAUUAAGAUUCAAAAAGAUCGAGUUGAGAUGAUCCUUCACGUCGUCACACACCUGCUCUGCCUGCUGUGCGUCUGUUCUGCUCGUCCUCAACCAGCGUCACCACAGGCGAUGCAGAUGGAGAGGAACUCGCCAGCGUCCGGUUCUCUGGCGGGCCGCGUGGUUCUGCCGUGCCACUUCUCCAUCGGCUCCACUCACUCCCCGUCACACACCACAAACGAGCAGCUGAGGAUCAAGUGGACCAAGCUGGAGGACCAGGUGGAGAAGGUGGUGCUGGUGGCGCAGGGAGGCUUGGUGAAGGUGGGGCAGGAGUUCAAGAGCAGGGUGUCGGUGCCGAGUCACCCGCUGUCGGUCGGAGACGCAUCGCUGAUCAUGGUGAGGCUGCGGGCGAGCGACGCAGGGAUCUACCGCUGCGAGGUGAUGCACGGGAUGGACGACACGCAGGAUACUGUGAGCCUCAACGUCAGCGGUGUCGUUUUCCAUUACCGGUCGAGCACCAGCCGCUACACUAUGAACUUCCCCGAGGCGGUGCAGGCGUGUCAGGCUGCAGGCGCCUUCAUCGCAACGCCUGAACAACUCACGGCUGCUUUCGAGGACGGCUUCGACCAAUGUGAUGCAGGCUGGCUCGCCGACCAGUCCGUCAGAUAUCCGAUCGCGUUGCCUCGUCCAGGUUGUUUCGGCGACUUGUUGAAGAAACCGGGAGUGAGGACGUACGGCAUCCGCGACCCCAUAGAGAAAUAUGAUGUGUUCUGCUUCGUGGACAAACUACACGGCGAGGUGUUCUAUCCCUCCAUCAGCGAUAAACUCACCUUGCAGGAAGCAAGAGAGGAGUGUGAGAAGCACGACUCCGUCCUGGCUUCUCCCGGUCAGCUGUUCGCAGCCUGGAGAGCCGGGCUGAACCGCUGCGACUACGGCUGGCUGUCCGACGGCAGCGCCCGCUACCCCAUCACCGUCCCCAGGCCGCAGUGUGGAGGAGGCCUGCUGGGGGUUCGCACGCUGUACAAGUUUGAAAACCAAACCGGCUUCCCGGAUCCCAAAGAGAGACACGGACUGUUCUGCUUCAAAGAUCUCCUGCCGUGUACAACCAGUAUAUGUCUGAACGGAGGCUCCUGCUACAAGAAAGGAGCAGAAAACAUCUGCGUGUGUGCACCUGGAUUCACUGGGUUUCACUGUGAAACAGAUGUUGAUGAGUGCCAGUCCAACCCGUGUCUGAAUGGAGCCACCUGUCUGGAUGGAGUGAACUCCUUCACCUGUCUCUGCCUGCCGAGCUACUCAGGAGAGCUCUGUGAACAAGACACUGAGGUUUGUGGCUUCGGAUGGCAGAAGUUUCAGUCUCACUGCUACAAAUACUUCACACACCGUCGGACGUGGGACGCUGCAGAGAGGGAGUGUCGGCUGCACGGCGCUCACCUGGCCAGCAUCCUGUCUGAGGAGGAGCAGCUGUUCAUUAACCGUCUGGGCAGUGAUUAUCAGUGGAUCGGCCUCAACGACAAGAUGUUUGAGAGAGACUUCAGAUGGACCGACGGCAAGGCGUUGCAAUACGACCACUGGAGGCCGAACCAGCCGGACAGCUUCUUCCAGUCGGGGGAGGACUGCGUGGUGAUGAUCUGGCACGAGAACGGCCAGUGGAACGACGUGCCAUGCAACUAUCACCUGACUUUCACCUGCAAGAAGGGAACAGUCUCGUGUGGACAGCCUCCUGUGGUGAAGGAUGCUCGGGUCUUUGGAGCAAUGCUGCCUCGUUAUGAGAUCAGCUCUCUGGUUCGUUAUCACUGUAAACAGGGUUACAUCCAGAGACACGCCCCCACCAUUCGUUGCCGCGCCAACGGCCAAUGGGAUGCGCCAAAAGUCACCUGCAUGAGUCCAGCAACUUUCCACAAGUCGUUCUCUUCACGGCGCCGCAGCAGCCAGUACCAGAAUGGCCAGCAGCUGCAGCACCGGCACUACAACCAACACCGCCACAGCUGGACCAAUCAGAAACACAACCAGCAGCAACAGGAGCAGCAGCAGGGUUACGACGCUCUCAAACAGCUGCUGAGAGAAAAGAGGCAACAUGGCGUCCGAACACACAACCAAGAUCAGAUGAGACACUGA